GAUGAGAUUGGGCUGGAAACUCUUUAGAGGAUAGAGGAAAACCAAAUCCGCCCGCAUCUGUGCCAUGAAACCCAUUUUGGCUUGCGUGCUUGCAACCGUGGCAGUGGUCCUUGAAGGCUGCAGAGAACUAUGCAAGAAGGAAGACUAUGACGAUUGCAUCAAGGCAAACCCAGACUUUUAUUGGACCACGGAUGAUUGUAGGAAACUGCAAAUCAUUGCUUCUUGCACGGUGAAAGACUGUUGCAACCACGGUGAGGGCGGCAUGACGCCCAAAUGGGCCAACAGCAUGUCGGAGUAUAUACAGAAUAUGUCGGACGCUCUCACUGCUAAGGAAAUUCAUUGUCCAUAUGAAGAUAAUUGCUGAAGGCGGCGCGGGGCCCAUUGGUGCUGAGGGUGGAGCAGGGUUUUUAUUCGUGCGACCCUGGGCGAGCCUGUUUUUUUUUGGCCGUGGCCAUGUUCCGCUGCUGAUGUGGAUGCAUACUCAAGGUAGCGUCCUUGCCGCAAAUGCGGCGCUGGUCUGUGAAAAA